AUGGCUCGCCGUCCCGCUCGUUGCUACCGAUACUGCAAGAACAAGCCGUAUCCCAAGUCUCGGUUCAACCGUGGUGUCCCCGACCCCAAGAUCCGAAUCUUCGAUCUUGGCCGAAAGCGCGCCAACGUCGAUGACUUCCCUCUCUGCAUCCACCUCGUCUCCAACGAGUAUGAGCAGCUGAGCUCCGAGGCCCUCGAGGCCGCCCGUAUUUGCGCCAACAAGUACCUCGUCAAGAACACCGGUAAGGAGGGUUUCCACCUCCGAGUCCGUGCUCACCCCUUCCACGUCGUCCGUAUCAACAAGAUGUUGUCUUGCGCCGGUGCCGAUAGACUGCAGACCGGUAUGCGUGGUGCCUGGGGCAAGCCCAACGGCACUGUCGCCCGUGUCAACAUUGGCCAGAUUCUCAUGAGCGUUCGCACUCGUGAUGCCAACCGCGCCAUUGCCCUUGAGGCUCUCCGACGAUCCCAGUACAAGUUCCCUGGCCGACAAAAGAUCAUUGUCUCCAAGAACUGGGGCUUCACCCCUCUCCGACGUGAGGAGUACCUCGAGAAGAAGGCUGCCGGCCGCGUCAAGGUCGACGGUGCUUACGUCCAGUUCCUCUCCAACCACGGCAACCUCGCCAACAACUUGCGCCGCUUCCCCGACGCUUUCAAGUCUGAGGCUUAA